AUGUCCACACCAAACAACACACCUCCAUACACACCCAUGCCCUCCCUCGGUCACGAGCUAGGCGUCAUGUUCGGUUUCAUCGUCGCCUGUUUGCUAAUUAUGGCAGUGUACACCUAUUUCUGGCGGGGUAUGGCCAUCAAUCCCACCCACCCUGCGGACCGCCGCGACAAGCAGCGGGAUAAGGAUCGGCAGAGGGAGCUUGCGCAGCGGGCGUUUCGGUACGAGCGCUUCCGGGUGGGAGGUCCGCGGGAGAAGAUGCAGAGGGACAUUGGGGCGCCGGGAGGAGCUGGAGGUACGGAGAUGAGAUGA